AUGACUACAGCGUUAGGUAAAGAUCUCAAAUCGACGCCGAUCAUCAUCGCUGACUCAGCUGAUGAGGCAUCGCUGGCUGAGAUGGCCAAGAAGGCCAAAGUGAUCCUGAAUGCGGUAGGGCCGUACCGUCUGUAUGGUGAAGCUGUGGUGAAAGCGGCCGUGGAGAACGGUGCCAGCCACGUAGACAUCUCCGGCGAACCAGCGUUCCUUGAAAAGAUGCAGAUGCUUUAUGGAGAGAAGGCUAAAGAAAAGGGCGUUUAUGUAGUAGGAGCAUGCGGAUGGGAUUCGAUUCCAUGCGAUAUGGGAGUGAACUUCGUGAAGGAACACUUUGAUGGUGAUGUCAACCACAUCGAGUCUUUCGUACAGAUGAACAGUGGACCAUCGGGCUACGCGAUCAACGAAGGCACAUAUCAGACCUUGAUACUUGGCAUAAGCGAAGCAGCAAAGGAUGGUCUCGGAAAGAUCCGACGUUCUAUUAUGCCAGAGAAAAUCGUCAAAGGAGCAGCGAAACCACCAAAGAGAGGCACGGUAUGGCACAUCCAAGAGAAGGAGUUGGAUGGAUGGGCAGUACCAUUUAUGGGGUCCGAUAAGUCGAUCGUAAAUCGCUCUCAAUAUUACGAUGCUACCGUCAACAAAAAGAGACCUGUAUACGUGGAGACAUACCUUCGAAUCGGUUCCCUGUUAUGGACAGUUUUGUUGGCUAUAUGGCUGACUCUUUUCGCCAUGCUUGCUCAGAUCAAUUUCACAAAGAAGUUUUUACAAUCAUACCCGGAUCUUUGUAGCUUUGGCAUGUUCAAGAGAGCUGGACCAACUAAGCAGCAGAUGGAUGAAGCUUCCUUCGUGUAUUGGUUCUUUGCAUAUGGAUACUCUGAUCGGAAGCCGCUUGAUGAACAGCACACCGGCAAGCCAGACCAGAGGAUGGUUGUGACAUGCAAGGGACCAGAUGCCGGUUAUAUGGCAACCAGUGGAUGUGUUCUUUCAGCGGCUUUGGCUCUUAUUCGUGGAGAAAAUCUUCCUCAAGGAGGUGGAGUCUUCACGACAGCGUCAGCAUUCGCCAAAACCAAGAUCUACUCAUACCUCGAAUCAUUCGGUAUCACUUUCCAAGUGGAAACUCCUAAGACGCAUAUCUAA